AGGCAACCAAUGGUCCGCUGGCCUGUCUAUAUAAGCAGGUGGCGUCGAAGUCCCCUUCCUUCUUGCCGUCGAGAGAGAGAGAGAGGAAAUGGCAGCGAAGGUGGCAGUGAGCGAUGUGGUGUCGCUGCUCUCAGGCGACAAGAGGGACUUCCUCCUCCGUAACAAUGGCGACAAGGUGGCGAUCAGCAGUCUUGACGGGAAAGUGGUUGGUCUCUACUUCUCGGCUUCAUGGUGCAGACCCCGCAGACGCUUCACUCCUCUGCUGAUCGAAGUAUACGAUGAGCUCUCCUCGAAGGGCCAGUGCCAAUUUGAGAUUGUCAUCGUGCCAGCUGAUCACGACGAGGACUCCUUUGAUAGAUACUUUUCGAAGAUGCCGUGGUUGGCAAUCCCAUUUGCAGACUCUAACACACGUAAAAAGCUCGAUAUGCUUUUCAGGGUCGGAGGCAUACCCCACCUUGUCAUCCUCGAUGCCAGCGGCAAGGUCCUUAAUGAACAAGGUAUCGAAGCUGUGCGAGAAUACGGUGCAGAGGGGUAUCCAUUUACUCCUGAGAAGAUCAACCGGUUGAGGGAGGAGGAAGAGGAGGCUGCCAAGAAGGAACAGUCUCUUCCAAGACUGUUGGUUUCGCCCUCCCGAGACUACUUGAUCUCCAAUGAUGGGUCCAAGGUAAUCGAUGACCUCCUUGUAGGAAGAGAAGCUACAGUUUUGAUCCACCAGCUUACCAUCUGUCACCACCUGAUCGAUACUGAAUCGAAGCAUGUUGCCGUGUCGGAUCUCGAAGGGAAGAUAGUGGUUUUGUACUUCUCGAUCGGUGCUUUCACCUGUUGCGCUGAGUUCACUCCGGUGCUGGCUCAAAUCUAUAGGAAGCUCAAGGAAGCCCGGGAGAGCUUUGAGGUUGUGCUGGUGUCGUUAGAUGAUGAGAAAUCGUCCUAUGAACAAGACCUGGCGAGCAUGCCAUGGCUCGCGAUUCCUUUCGAGGACAAGAACCGUCAGAAGCUUGGCCGCUGCUUUGAUGUCAGGGCCAACCCAGCCUUGGUUGUGAUUGGUGCCGAUGGCAAAACUAUGGAUGUCAAUUACGCUGAGCUCGUCGAAGAACAUGGAUUUGAUGCGUGGGAAGCGUUCCCGUUUUCUCAGGAGAGGUUGGAUUUGAUGGCAGAGAAGGCAAAGGCCAAAAUGGAUGCACAGACACUGGAAUAUCUUCUUGUCUCUGGGGACCUCGAUUAUGUAAUUGGGAAACAAGGCUCGAAGGUUCCGGUGAAGGAGCUUGUCGGCGCGACCAUCCUCCUCUACUUCUCAGCUUGCUGGUGCGGUCGAUACCGCGAAUUUGCUGCCGGGCUGAUCGAGGAAUAUCAAAAGAUCAAGAGCAUGGACAGUUCUUUCGAGAUGGUCUUCAUCUCCAGCGACCGCGAUCAGGAUUCUUUCGAGGAGUUCUUCUCAGGCAUGCCUUGGUUGGCGCUGCCGUUUGGUGAUGAGAGGAGGAAAUAUUUUAGCCGCACUUUUAGAGUCCGUGGCAUCCCCUCCCUGGUUGCCAUUGGUCCUACGGGUCGGACUCUCACAAAGGACGCAAGGAAUCUGUUAACGAUCCAUGGAGCUGAUGCCUACCCGUUCAGCGAGGAGAGGAUCAAGGAGUUGGAGCAGAAGAUUGAGGAGAUGGCAAAGGGGUGGCCUGAGAAGGUGAAGCGUGAUCUCCAUGGGCACGAGCUUGUGCUGACCCGCUGCAAGACGUAUUGCUGUGAUGGCUGCGGCGAGAUGGGAAGUAGGUGGUCCUACAGCUGCAUCGGGUGCAAUGUCGAUUUCCACCCCAAAUGUGCAUUGAAGGAGGAGAAGAAGGAAGACGAAGAUGAAGGACGUGAUGGAAGGAUACGCGUGUGACGGAGCGGUUUGCCGCGAAGUCUUUAAGGUUUUGGCUUGUCUCUGUUCGAACCACGGAAUGCUACGGUGUCUGAGCGUAUGAAUCGAUGAGAAGAACACGACUGACCUUUUUUCA